AUGUUUGUUCCUCGAGCUGUUAAAAGACCUGGGCCAAUUUCUAUAAAUCGGAAUAAAAAACCAAAAACGGUAAUUUCGUCUUCGGAAGUUCCUUCAACAACUUCCACUUCUUCGAUUUCUAAAAAGGACACAGAAGAAAAUUUAAAUAUCAGUAAUCAAGUAACUGAAAAAUUGGACCUCGACAAGCAAAGCAAUAUUACUGUAGAUUUAAAAACUAAACAUAUAAAUCACGACAAAAAAGACAAGAUAACGACAUGUAUAGAUUUAAUGGCCAAUGAUAAACAAAACGAACCAGGCCUGAAACUUAUAAAUGAGCAAAAUCGGCUUACAGCUCAACAAAUAAUUUCAGCAGAAGUUGAUUGGCACAUGGAAGAUAACUCUGAACAAAAUGUAGUCCAACAGAAUGUAAUUCAACAGAAUGUAGUCCAACAGAAUGUAAUUCAACAGAAUGUAAACCAACAGAAUGUCGUCGAACAGAAUGUAGUCGAACAGAAUGUAGUCGAACAGAAUGUAUUCGAACAGAAUGUUGUCGAACAGAGUGUAGUCGAACAGAAUGUAUUCGAACAGAAUGUAGUCGAACAGAAUGUCGUCGAACAGAAUGUUGUCGUACAUCAAGAAAUCAAGAAUCAAUUAGAAAAAGUGCCUGAAGUGGAUGCACAAGAUUCAGGUUCACAAGAAGAAGAACCGGUGAAAGAGUAUAAUUAUCAACAACGAGUAGCUUCUUCUGGAGAACCAAUUUGCGUGAUAUGUGGAAAAUAUGGCGAAUAUAUUUGUGAUCAAACAGAACAUGAUGUUUGUAGUUUGGAAUGUAAGAAAAUAGAUAUUGGACGUGUAAAAAGGACAUAUUCUAAAAUUACAGUACAAACACCAAUUUCAGAUUCAUUUCAUGUGAAUCUUACAGGCUAUAUACCAGAUGCAAUUAUAGGUUCUUUGGCAGAUAUUCAAGUACAAUCAAUUUUAACAAGAAAUCGAAUUAGUGUUCAAGGAAAAAAUAUUCCUAGACCAAUAUUAAGUUUUACGCAAUGUAAGUUACCAACGAAAAUGAUGGAAAAUUUACAAACAGAGGGGUAUACACAACCGACAUCAAUUCAAAUGCAAGCAAUUCCUACGGCAUUAGUCGGACGUGAUAUAUUAGCAAGUGGACAAACUGGAUCAGGAAAAACUGCAAGUUUUUUAAUUCCAAUAAUUUCACAUUGUCAUUCGUUAUCACAAUGUUAUGAAGGAAAAAAUGGUCCUUAUGCAAUUAUACUUGCACCAACAAGAGAACUUUGUUCUCAAAUUGAAAAUUUAGCAAAAAGUUUAAUUAAAGGAUUAUUGAAUAUGAAGACUGCAUUAUUAGUUGGAGGUUUGCCUAUGCCAAAUCAAGUUCAUCGAUUAAAACAAGGAAUACAAAUUGCAUUUGCAACACCGGGAAGGCUUAUCGAUAUAUUGAAUCAACAUAAUAAAGAACUAUCGAUGAAUAAUAUUCAUAUGUUUGUACUAGAUGAAGUUGACAUGAUGUUUAAAAUGGGAUUUGAGAAUCAGGUUAAAGAAAUUAUAAAUAAAUUACCUUUACCAGCUACAAGUUUACAGCGUCAAACUCUGAUGUUUUCUGCCACGAUUCCGGAAAAUAUUGAAAAACUCGCAAAAUCUUUACUUAAAGAUUAUAUUAGAAUUAUCGUAGGAGUUCAACAAUAUAAAAAUGAAAAUUUAGAUAGUUCACUUUCGAAUUUCAUUCCGAAUAUUCCUGUUAAACAGACUAUUCUUUGGGUGGAAAAUAAGUCUAAAAAGAAACAAUUAUUUUCACUCUUGAAUGAUCCGAAAUAUUAUAAACCACCUAUAGUUAUAUUUGUAGAAUCCAAGCUGGGAGCAGAUUUAUUAUCGCAAGCUAUUGAAAAGAAAUGCAACGCAAGAAGUGUAAGUAUACAUGGUGACAAAUCACAAGAAGAAAGGAUGAUGAUUUUGCAAUCAUUUCUUAAUGGAGAAUAUGAGAUUAUAGUAUCGACAGGAGUGUUAAGUAGAGGAUUAAAUUUUCCUAAUGUUGAAAUGGUAAUAAAUUUUGAUAUGGCUACAUCUGUCGAUGAAUAUAUUCAUCAAGUUGGAAGAGCUGCUGGAAAUGACAGUCUUAGAAACUCUGAACUUUCUUCUGGUUGGAGUAUCACAUUCAUUAAUGAGGACCACAAACAUCUGUUUAAAAAAUUUGUUAGUAUGUUAAAAGCACAACCAGCCGGAAGGGUGACACCAUUACCAACAAAAUUACUUGGACAUGGAUACACGUUAUAUGGAAAUAACAAGUCAUUGUCAUCUAGAAAAUGA